AUGGUGUCCAAGGUUGCAGUCACAGGGGGAACUGGCGCGACCCUCGGUCUUCCCGUAGUCGAACAACUGGUUGCAGCGAAGUUCGACGUCAUCGUCCUCUCUCGUACCGAUACUCCCUCCGGCAUCCCAGCGGGUGUCACCGCUCGCAGGGUCGACUACGAUUCGGUCGCAUCGCUUACCGCCGCGCUGAGGGAUGUCGACGGGGUCGUCUCGACCGUCGGCGGCGGCGCUCUUUCCGGGCAGAAGAAGAUCAUCGACGCGGCGGUCGCCGCGGGCGUGCAGCGAUUCCUGCCCUCGGAGUUCGGCAACGACCUUCAGCAGCCCGCGGUCCGGGCGCUUCCCGUGUACGCGUCCAAGGUCGAGGUGCAGGAGUACCUGGAGAAGGCGAGCGCCACGUCGAGCCUCACGUACGCCGUCGUCAACUGCGGCCCGUUCCUCAAUUGUGGGAUCUACACCGGCUUCCUGCUGGGCUCGAUGAAAGAGCGGAAGGUGGAGAUCUACGAGGGCGGGGCGAAGAAGCUGAGCGCGACUACCCUCGCGACUGUCGGCAAGGGCGUCGUGGGCGUGCUACGCCACCUCGAGGAGACGAAGAACCGCACGGUGUACUUCCACGACGCGGCCAUAAGCCAAAGCCAGAUAGUCGACAUCGCGAAGGAGUUGGCGCCUGGGGAGGAGUAG